ACCCGACCCAUCGGAGAUAAUUACCGCCCGAAGGCCGGCAGUUCACUAAUCACAACGACAAACAAUAGACAUACCGCAAGCAGUCCCUCCGCGUACGUGCACGUUUGUGUGAGUGUGUAUAAUUUAUCAACCAACAACAAUCCGCGAGCUCCAAUCAAUCAAUCAAUCAAUCAAUCAAUCGACUACGAUCGAACUGUGUGUGCGAUCCUCUGCGUAGCUCUCCAAUCAAUAUACCGGUGAGGAGGUGAUAAAUCAACAAUAAGAGGCUACCAUCAGCCAUCGGAAUAGAACCACGUAGGUACCGCUCUUCUCCGGUCCGAUCGGUGUUCAGGUGAAAGAGAAUCCCAGCAGCAUGAUGGAUGGGACCGCACCACCGAGUUCCGAAGACUUCCACCUCGCUCAGCAGUUGCUAGUUGUGGCGGCAGUGGCAGUGGUUCGACUUGCUAGUGGAAGGCCGUGAAGCUGCAUAAUCAACCGGAGAGUGUUGUGAUCAUUGUCUGUGUGUAUGUGUGUGUGCUUUUUUUAAAGAGUGAAGAAUUGUUUGUAAAACCAAUCAGUAUUUGAGUGAUACAGUAGUUGCUCUUAGUGAGGGAAACAAGCGACAUACGAAGAAAUAAGAAGAAGAAGAAGCUUCACAAUGUACUGCCUUUGCCGAUCAUCGAAGACCAUCGCGGUGCGGAUCGUGCUCCUGGAUGAGACCGACUUCCUGCAUGAAUUACAGGACGAUCUGCCCGGUCAAGCCUUGUUAGAUGUAGUAUUCGCAAGACUGAACCUGAUUGAGACUGCCUAUUUCGGAAUACGUUACAUAGAUCAGGAUAAUCAGACGCACUGGCUCGAUCCAGCCUCUCGACUGUCCCGGCAGCUGAAGGGAGGCAAGCAGCCUUUCGACCUGUAUUUUGGGGUGAAAUUUUACGCCUGCGACCCGUGCAAGCUGGUGGAGGAAAUUACGAGGUAUCAGCUCUAUCUGCAGGUCAAGCAGGACAUCCUCCAGGGCCGAUUGCCGGUGUCUUUCGAACUAGCCGCAGAGCUCGGUGCUUAUGUCGUACAAGCUGAGCUUGGUGACUAUGACCCCCGCAAGCACCCUCCCGGGUACGUGUCCGAGUUCCGUCUGCUCAACAACCAGACCAAGGAAAUCGAAUGUCGCAUCCAUGAAUUUCACGUGCAGCUCAAGGGGAUGUCUCCGUCGCAGGCGGAGUUCAACUAUCUCGACAAAGUCAAGUGGCACGAUAUGUACGGCGUGGAUCUGCAUCCGGUGCUGGGGGAGGACAGCGUAGAAUACUUUCUGGGACUGACUCCGGGUGGCAUCGUAGUCCUGCGGAACAAGACAACGGUGGCACACUACUACUGGCCGCGGAUAGCCAAGGUCUACUUCAAGGGACGUUAUUUUAUGUUACGGGUCUGUGAUAAGAAUAACGAAAUUAGCACGUACGGCUUCGAGACACCAAAAAAGAGCGCCUGCAAGCACCUGUGGAAGUGCUGCGUCGAGCAUCACUCCUUCUUCCGACUGGUUCGGACGGCUCCCAUGCAGGCCAUCUCCGGCGCAGCGAGCUUGACCUCGUUGAGCUCCAAAUUCAGGUACAGUGGUCGCACCGAACGGCAACAGAUGAAGGAAGUCCUGGCACAGCAACGAGCUCCACCGCCCUUUGCGCGAACACCCUCCCGAAGGCAACCGCGCCGCAUCGUCGACGAACAACCCGAGGAGAAAAUAUUCGACGCACCGAAGUACAUCCAGCAGGAGAUCAAGUCCGUAUCGAUACCUCAACCGGCGCAAACGUUUGACAGUCCUUAUCGUUCUACUUGCAGCAUUCCGGCUGCACUGAAUAAUAGUAGCAAAGCGCAUCCACCGCCUCCGGACUCACCACGCAGCACCCGCAGUGCUCCGUGGAUGCGUUCCCAGCAGCGAGGUCUCUUCGGUAUCAACUCCAGUCCGAAAUCGGUACGAUCUGCCUCCACCCGGAUGAGCGCUCCGGCCAACACCAACCGGAUGCGAUCCAGUUCGGUGGAGAGCCACUCCUCGAACGAGUCCCGAUCUGGGCGUCGACGCCGCCACCGAAGCCGACGAGUUUCCGACAACGAAAGCGAAAUGUCCCGUGGAUCCGGACGUUCCGGGAGGUCGCAUAACUCUCAUCGCAAAAACCGGCGCCACCGCUCCAAAAAUCGCCGCAAUCGCUCCGAUACGGAAAGCCGGGACCGAAGCUACUCGAGUCAUCGACGAUCUACGGAGUCUAUCGAACUGGUCGAUUCGGGCGAGCAGUGGCUCGAAGUGCAACGCAAACAGACAGACAACGUCCAGAAGGCAGCCGUCAUCAAAAGUAGCCAGGUCAUCAAGGGCUCGACGCCGGACUCGGGAAUUGUGCAUCAUCACAGGAGUCGACGGCACCGAAAGCACCGCUCGCCGUCGGAGAAGAUUUGGUCAAGCGAGUUGACCAGGCACUUACAGUUCGAUUUGGUCGAUACGACGGGUAUGACCGAGGACCAGCUUAGGGAAAUUCCGUACACCGUGGUCGAGACGAACCAUCAUGCUACCAAAAAACCGAGCGCUCUCAAGGUGCACAAAACUAGUCAUCACGAAAACCAGCGGAUCGAUCGGAUACGGGAGUACCCGAAGGAGAACGUGAAUGAUCACAUGAGUGCGGUGAACGGAUCGAUACGGUCGGCGAGUACGAUCAGUUCGUCCAGGGAUUACGAUCGCAAUUCGGGGCUGAUUCGGAUGAUGUCCAGCAUGAGCAUGGGUGACUUCAUCUCCCCCACGGGAUCCAGCCUGAGUCCACUUGAUAGUUCCGGGCUUCGCGUGAGUCACGAACACACCGAUUCCGGUCUCGGUGCGGACCAGGACUAUGCGUACUCUUCGGAGAGAUCCAGCGAUAGCGCCAAGUAUGGCACGAACAAGUCGUCCGGAGCGUCGGUCACCUCAGCGCACACCAAAUCGUCCUCGUCGAACAACAUGAAAAGCCAUCACCAUCCCGUGAGUAGUAGUAGUAGUACGACAACGGUGACAACCACCACGCGGAAGCCUCCACUCUGCCCGAACCGGCAGCAGAAGGUCAUCCCCGGUGUACAUAGCUCUUCAUCCGCCAGCGGUCCUAACAAUCGCUUGAUCAAUAACAGUAACACACACUUUCAAAACAAUCACUACACCUUUAGCCUAACACGAAACUUCUCGUCGACCUCCGGUGGUCAGGCCGGUGCUGGCCACGGUGGAGGUCGAAACGCUUUCGGGACUAGCACUAGCACUGGUUUUGGGUUGAACUCGUACGGUUACAUCGACUCGGCAGCGACGCUGUCGUCUACUUCGCCGUAUCACUACUACUACGACGGUACCGGAUUCCGCAGUACCGCCGGACAACCUCCCGGCUUCGGUGGCAAUCACAUUGCCAGCAGUGGCGUCGGAUUGGACAGCUCUCGGCUCGGUUCCAUCCGUGGAACCAAGUCCGAUAUUGGAGUACCGAUCCGACCCAAGCACUACCCCCGGCAGCAACACCACCACAACCACCACCACCAACAACAGCAACAGUACAUUCACAAUUUCAACCGCCACGCAAGCGGCGGCAAACGGGCCAUGAUUCCGUCCACCAAAACGGACUAUUUGGAAAAUUAUAAGACUGGUGUUGAAAGACUUAAGCUAAGCAACAACAACUACAACUAUAACAAUAACAAUAACAGUAGCAGCAACAACGACAGCCCUACGGAAGCGUUCAAGGGGCUGCUGAAUGCUUCCACGAGUGCUCAGAACAUUGCCAACAACAACUACCAACCUCCGCUGCCGAUUACCUCCGGAGGGUCCGGCGGUGGCGGUGGUGGUAAAUCCAUUUCGAACAGUCCCAGCAAUGGGAACCUGAAGUCGUCCGGCGGCAAAGGGAACGAUCCGAGGGUUGGCCCUUUGGUCUAUAUGGAUAAGAAUCAGAACAGCAGGAACAGCCCGCUAGCCCACGGCAGUCCUCUGAAUCAGGCAAAUUCCGGCGGAACGGUCAGCGGUGGUCCGGCCUGUGGCUACCCGGCCAGCGUUGUCAGUGACAGUGCCAGCGAUCCCAAGUACCACCACUUUGCCAAAAAGCCACUGCAAAAUGGUGGCCCACAGGGCGGGGGCGGUCAUCCAUCCACCACCGCCGCCAACAGCAACGGGUUCGAUUUCAGUAGGAAAAACUCUCUCAACGGUAAGACCGAAGCCAAAGGAACGGGGAUCCGGUCGUCCAGCUUAGAACUGAUACUAACACCUAUCAUUCAGAGUAGACGGGCACAGUAAUCGUUGGCGAAAUGAGCACCGAGCUGUAGAGAGAGAGACUGUUUGGCCGUCGUCACCGUAGUUGCCAGACAACCAGACUCCAUCAGUGACGUCAACGCCACCACGCUGCGCUGCAGGGCUGCUGCGAUAUCUGGAGAUUUAAAACGAAGCCUUGUCACACCGAAACCGAAACCGAAACCCGCAUCGCAGCAGAGUUGAUGGUGAAGCGGAAGGGGGACAAAAAAAACGGUAGCAACGAAGCAGUUCUUUUUUUUUUUAUACGUCAUAGCCUACUACGUAAGGAUGCAGUAAAAAUAUUCAAAGUGUUGUGUUUUACUUUUAAGCCUUUCGAGACAGAAAGCGAGAGAAAAACAAAAUUUGUGUAAAUUUGAAAGGAUUAUCAACCGAAAAAAAAUAACGAUAAGACACAGUAGAUGUUUGAUGUUGAACGUUUCUCGCUGAACGCUUCUUUAGAUGUGUUUUUAGAUAUGUAUACUUUUUAAGAGAAUUUUUAAAUGUACUCCAAAUCAACCUCUAUUUUGCUGCACGUCUCUUCCUCAGUAUAAUUUAAUCGUUCUACAACUGCAAUUGCGUACCAAAUACUAAAGUUUUAGUAAACAUUUUUAUUAAGUAAGUAUACAUGUAUUAAUAGUGAAUGUUACUGCCGGUGUUUGUAUUGAAAUGAUUAGAAACACGCAUCUCCCUAGCCCCCUUCUUCCCUUGUUCUUAUACACAUACGUGCAAACAUAUACAGAUACUUAUAUACUUGUUUGGGUAGGGCUUGCCACCACAACCAGUCAGAGCAGCUACAGUUCUCAGUGUUGAUUAAAGUCGAUUAUAAAACGAAGAAUUUUUAAAAACAACAUUUCCCUGUCAAUCGGUGUGUCGUAAGAUUUUCGACUCUUGUAUUUUUAAGGAACAAUCUUAGACAUUUAAAAGAACGCAAAUCAAAGUAAAUUGGUAAACCAAAAAAAAAAACAAAAGAAACACAAAACAAAACACAACCUUACGAAGAAGAUGGCCACGAAAAUCAAAUUCUACUUCCAACCUCUGAACUGAUGGAACCGAGUGAAAAUUUAUGAAAAUAAAUCAUAAACGUUUAUUUACGAAA